AUAUUUAUUUUUUGAGGAAGAGAGCGGUUAUUGUUUUUCGCUUCGUACUCCAUUCCACAAGGUGGCAGAUUAAACAAAGCUGGGGAGUCUUUGAUGACGUCAUUUGUCUGCGCCGGCGCACGUUUUCUCUCACACGUCGGGAUUCGUGAUGGCAGAGCAGGAGUCUGAAGUGAAGAGGGUGAUAAAGUUGGUUCCUGAGAACCUUCUGAAGAAGAGGAAAGCAUACCAAGCCAUCAAAGCCACUGAGGCCAAACGUGCACUUCUUGAGAAGAGAAAGGUAUCGAAAGGGAAACCCUUGAAGUUCAAGCGCUUGGAGGACUUCCUGAAGGAAAGCCAUAGAAAGCAUCGCGAUGAGACCCGUAUCAGGAGAGCAGAUCACAGACCAGCUCCAGCCAUGCCCCCUGCAAAGAACAGACUGGCCUUCGCUGUCCGCAUCAGAGAGAUCAAAGGAGUCAGUCCCAGAGUUCAGAAGGUGAUCCAGAUGUUACGCCUGAGAAAGAUCUUCAGCGGUGCCUUUGUCAAAGUUAACAAGACUUCUAUGGCCAUGUUGAAAAUGGUUGAGCCCUAUGUAGCAUGGGGGUUUCCCAACUUAAAGUCAGUUCGUGAGCUGAUCUUGAAAAGAGGACAGGCCAAGAUUGCCAAGCGAAGGGUCGCUCUCACAGACAACACACUCAUUGAGCAGCAUAUGGGCAAGUAUGGUAUCAUCUGUCUGGAGGACUUGAUCCAUGAGAUCUACUCUGUGGGGAAGAACUUCCGGGUGGUCAGCAACUUCAUAUGGCCGUUCAAGCUGUCUGUGGCUCGACACGCUGCCAGGGACAAAGCAGGUCUUCUGAAGGACAUAGGCAACCCAGGACCCAGAGGGACGGACAUAAACUCGAUAAUCAGGCAGCUCAACUGAGGCUGCACGAGACAAUUUCACGUCAGACCUUUUCUUGGGUCCAAUGACGAACUUUUUUCUUUCGUCAUAGCCUACUCAUUGGUUGUAAUUUAAUUCCUUCCUUUAAUAUCAAUACUCUGCGUUACCCGGUCUGGCAUGAGAGAAGAGAUCCCUUACAGAUUCAUACGGAUUUAAUUCAUCUUACGACCCCUAGGUCCCAGCUGGCAGAACUCAUAUUAGACCAAAUUAAAAUUAAAAACACCUAGUCAGACAGUGCCUUUCUGGAUUAUGUUGUGAUUAGACGGCAGUAAUUUACCCUCCCUUUUUUGAAAUAUUGGUAUUCUCAGUAUGUUGCCACCUCUGUAGUUGCAAUAAGGCCAUUCUAUGGAGAUGCUAAUUACAUUUACAUUUAAGUCAUUUAGCAGACGCUCUUAUCCAGAGCGACUUACAAAUUGCAUCACUAUUUACUUUGUCCCUGUGGUGUUCAGAGGGAUGUCAUUAUGCUUACUAUGUAUGUUUGUUUAUGAAAUAAUAAACUGAAACAAGAACUUG